AAGCGUAUUUGCUUAAGUUCAUUUAGAGGUUAUUUGGAGAUAUCUGCUACUCUUUAACUUAUUCAAAAACUCACCUUCCUUUUCAAUUCAAUGCGCAGAAACAAAAUAUGCAAUCAAGGACAUUGUUGUUUGUAAAGACGCGGAAGAUAUGAUUUGGUGUGUCAAGGUCAUAUUUUGGCCUUCGAUCCCAUUUUGUAUGUUAUGUUACUGCUUCCCAUUGUCUAGUCUCUCUAAGUAGCUAACCACCAACCUAGUUUAUAUAUUACUUAUGUAAGGAAAAUAAUUUUCAAUUUCUGUUAGCUGUCACCGCUUAAAACCUUACUGCCUAACAUAUAAUUAUAUGUUAAGUAUAUGCUGUAGCAUAUACUAAUAAGUAGUCAAUUUGGAGAAUUUUCUCAUGACAUUUGUGGAGCAUGUAGAAGUGCCUAUUUUCCCAUGUUUCCCCACUGUCAUAUGAAUUCUUCAACUGGCACUGAAAUAAUUUCUGUGCAUUAUAAAAAGCGUAUAUAUACGCUUUAUCCUUAGACGUUUAGCUAUCUGCUAUGCAGAAACAAUUGUUUUAUGGGGAUUAAAAUAUGACCUGGAGAAAUGAAGCCUUUGAGAAUCAGGAUAACACCAAUUUUCCGAUAGUAAAUGCUCAGCUAAUGAAAUAUUUGAGGGUGUAAGUUUCCAGACAGUAGCUUUUUGGGUGUAAACGAAUUUAGAAGUUCUACUGCCAUGACUCUCAUAUUAUUUUAAGCUUGAGAUGAAUACAGUCACCAGCCACACCUAAGCACGGCGCAUCAUGCAACAUACAAUACUGAAGAUCAUUUGUCUACUUGGCCCAAUGAACAGACUGAGGGAUACAUGCAUACAUACUUCACGAUAGCACAAAGCAAAAUAGUGUUAUUUACUGGAUAAUAUCUCGAAGACAAUUUACUGUUCACAUUCAUAUCUAUUAUAACCCCACAAUAUUGAUACUUAGUUUCUAUACUGCUUAUUCUUCUUUCCCAUUUCAUGUAAUUAUAACAGUCGUAGAAUCUUCAAAACGUGUGUGAUAUGCUUCAACUUAUUUUUGUUGCAUAUAUUCCUAGUGGAUUCAAUAAAUGUAACCUAGGUCUCCCUCCUUCUUCUCUAUUAGACUUAAGUAAUGUUACUCUCCUAUUCUGCAAUCAUUGCAUGGUAUUAGAUAAAUUAUUUUAUCUAAUGGGAUUCAUAGGAUUAAUUCCAUAACCAACAUAAUCAGAAAGCUUCCGAUGUGAAAUUAGAUCAUGUGAAGGAAACAAUAUUGGAAGUAAAUACUAAUAUUUACAGAAGAUCCAAACAUUCAAACGGCUAUUUGGAUUUCAAUGAACUAGGAUUGUUGAAAUUUUUCAGUGACGAAUCAAAUGCAUAAAUAAACAGUGCAGAAGCAAAUCUACGACAAAAAUUAAGACAUAACAGAAGCCUUAACAUUAAUAAUUACCCUGAUAAAAUUAUGCGGAUGUAUAUGGAAGAUUAUAAGAAUAAAAAUAGAACUAUCAGUGAGCCUAACAUGAGUGCCAAUUAUAUACGUAAAGGUGACCACAUCAAGAAAGAUUUUAAAACAUCAGACAAAAUAAUUUACCCAAUACCAUACAAUAAUUGCGAGACAGCAGUUAAGUAGGUGAGCAUGGCAAAAUCUAGGUUAGUAGACGCUACUAAGAUAAGAAAUCUGGAAGAAAUGCUAGUUAUGGGCAUUACAUCCAGUUAGUUACACACAACCAUGCAUCAGAAUAGGAUAAAGUGGCAGUCCUAAAUUCUAAUAGAGCAGAGAAGAGAGAAACACUGAUGACCUAGGUUUUAUUUGUCGGACCCACUGAGAAUAUACGCAACGGGAAUGACUCAAAGCCUGCUACAGGCAUCUCAAAGAUUCGACCACUCGUACAAAAACUGUAAAAACCAGGUUUCGAAGUUAUGGGGUUAUAAUUGUGAACAAUCAAUUGUGUUCGAGAUUUCAUCCAGUAAAUAAUACUGUUUUACUUCGUGAUAUAUCUAGUAGAAAAAAUUAUGAAAUCAAGAGAGAACAGUCUGUGACUUAGUGCUAAUUAAUUAGUUUGCACACAUUAAUGCAAUGUAUUCUAGUUCUACAUGUGUUUAUGAUCACAAGUUAGGCUAAUAUGUAUACAUGAAUUCAUCGUUGUGACUCUACUUCAUAACACAGUAGAUUUUCUAACUUUUUCGAGUAACAAGUACUGGGUAAGAAGGAUAAGCCAGUCCAUCAGGUUGUGAAACUGCAUCGAUUGAGGUGGUUAGGACACGUGUUGCACAUGUCUAGCUAUCGCCUUUCUGAACGAGCAGUGUUAGCUGCCAGUGGAUUAGGUUAGAAAAGAGUUAGUGGCGGUUAAAUUAAAAUCUGGAAUCAGUUCACGAAGUCUUUGACAUUAGGUUUGAGCCAGCCACGUAGGGAGAUUUGUGCUAUCUGGCUUGGGUGGCCGGAAUGCCAAGAUCCAACGGCUUGAGACUUUUGAUGAUGAUUCAAAAUCGUUCUCUAUGGCAAAGAUGCAUCCACUCUUUGUUAUCUCCCAUUUCUGCUAAUUAUUGUUUGUUUUGUUUUUUUGAAUCGCCUUUUCUCUGUUUUUUCGACAUGUGUUCUGCGUGGAGUGUGACGACUUAAAUUGGCACACUCCUGUGUACAGUUCCAUAUACAGUAACAUAAAAAUAAAUAUCUGAACUUGAAAAUCACACGCAAGACAAUAAGGUUUAAAGUGAAUUAAAUCUGUCUAUCUGUUCAAUUUUUGCAUCGGUGGCACAGUGGUUAGGACUCUCGCCGACCAUGCACAUGGUUCGAGGUUCGAUCCCCUGCCGACGGACACCUGAUAUCUAUGGUCGGCCUGAAAAAUUUGGGCUAUCGAUAUCCAUGCUGAAAAUUCCAUACUUGUACCAAAAAUACAGUGUGGAAUCAAGCUGCAAUCAAAAAUAAACAAAAGAAAAAAUAAAUCGAGCGGAAAUUGAAAGCCAGUCCAGUCUUCAGUAUAAUCGCAUACGUAUAACUCGACUCUGCCACUUACGCAGCGAACGUUUAACUAAUUUACUGGUUUCUAUUCUCUAUAAUCUUCUCUAAGUUGUGUUGGUAUAAGUAACUGUAAAUAAUUAUAUUAGCAACUACACCUUUUAAUAUUUUUCAUAUGUAUAUAAAGUUAAUAAUACAUGUUAGGUGGUGGUAUAAUAAGGUGAGUAAUAUUGAGGUUAGGCAUCGGUCGAGUGCUAGGUAGGGAGGGGAAACCAAUCGGCAAGGUUGUGAAGUUAUAUCGAUUGCGUUAGAUGGUUAGUACAUGUGUUUAUUUUUUUUAUUUAUUUUUUGAUUACAACUUGAUUCCACACCGUAUUUUUGAUACAAGUAUGAAAUUUUCAGCAUGUGAUAUCGGUUGCCCAAAUUUUUUAGGCCGACCAAAGAUAUCAAGUGUGCAUCGGCAGGGGAUCGAACCCCGCAUCAUGUACAUAAAUGCCUGGCCAUCGCCUUUCUUAACAGCCAAUAUUAGCUGCCAUAGUAUCGAUCAGUUUAGAAAAGAGCCAGUGGUAGUCAUACUAAAACAUGCCAUCAGUCAAUGAAAUCCAUAACAGUUGGUUUAAGCCAUGUCGGGAGGUGUAGACUGACUAGCCAUUUGGGGUCUUCAUGACGGUAAAAAUCAAUGAAAGCUGGAGACAACUGGUGAUAUAGCUCGAAGAGAUCGUUCUCAAUAGCUGGUGCAGAUGCAUCCACUCCUUAUGACUUAUAAUAUCUAAUAAAAGUGUAUGGUUCUUCCAUAGUGCUAUUCUUUUUUGCCUCAUAUCUCUGUUUUUACUUUCUUCUCUUGUUUUGUGUGCUAAGUGUGACGACUCGAACUGGUGCACAUUUCUGCAAAGUUCUAUGUCGAAACUAGUCAGUCAGCUCACCUAACUGAGUUUCAAUGAAAAAGUUCACCCAAUCAAGUUACCACACUCCACGCAACACACAAAUGUAAACGGAAGAGAUAGAAAAAGGCAUCCAAAAUGAUGACAAGCAGAAACGUGAGAGAGAAAGAAUAGUAACAUAGAAAACAUUAGGGUCUAAUGUAUGCAAGAGAUUAUGAAGAAUGAAUUCAUCUGUGUCAUUGAGAAUGAUUCUGAGCUAUACGUCACUAACAGUCUCCAGCCAAUGGAUCUUUGCACUUUGAGCACCCUAACCAGACUCAAACUUAACUGUCAAUUAUUUCACGGACUGAUGCCAGAUUAUUAUUAACUCAUCUACAACGAGCAAUGUGUUUGUAACUGAUGAACAACGCUGUGUUUAGAUUAGGCUCCUCACAAUUCUAUCAAAUUUUUACAACAAGUUGUAAUAACCAAUCAGUUCAUUGAAGUCAGGUCAGUCAUACAAUCCAUCAACAAGAUGUUUCCAUUUUGUUUUACUCCAUUUCAGUGACUACUUAUUAGUAAUAAAUCCUAUUUUGAAAUUAAACUUUAUUCUCACCAAUUGUGUACACAACAACAAAUUAUCCUAAUGUUUUGGUUGUAAUCCCCUUUGAACUACACUUCCUUUUUUCUUUAUGCCUUGUAUAAAAUUAAUUACAGAUACAGAUAGUAAAAAAGAAAUGCUUCUUAAAUUAAGACUACAUAUUACAAAUUUCAAGUUCUCUUCAAUUUCAUCUUGGAGACGUCACUUUAGUCUGUUUCACCCUCCAGAAAAAACAUAUAAUAUUUUAAAGAAACAACUAUUAGAUCGUAUUAAUACUUUUGGACCAUUAACAAUAGCUGAAUAUAUGAAGGAGUGUUUAUGCAACCCGGUAUAUGGUUACUAUAAUACACAUAGUGUCUUCGGCAAACGUGGAGAUUUUACUACUUCUCCUGAAAUAUGUCAAAUCUUCGGUGAGCUUAUAGGUGUCUGGUUGUUGGAAGAAUGGAAACGGCAAAAUUGUCCUCAACAUUUACAACUUGUUGAACUUGGUCCAGGACGUGGCACACUCUCUGCUGAUAUUCUAAGGGUUCUUUCAAAAUUCCCUGAUAUAUAUUCAACCAUCUCAUUACAUCUAGUUGAAAUAAGUUCAUCAAUGCGAAAUACUCAAAAGGAAACAAUUGAAAAAGUUACCUCAUGCUUAUCGAAUAAAUCAUUGCCUAUAUUCUGGUAUAAUGAUCUCCGAGAAGUUCCUGAAACAUUAUCAUUCUUUAUAGGACAUGAAUUUUUCGACGUACUUCCAGUUCAUUGUUUUCAAAAACAUGAUGGGAAUUGGAAUGAAGUUUUAAUUAGCUCUAUGGCGAAUACCAAUGAAUUAUGCUUUAUCCGUUCAAACACAAGAACUCCAGCUUCAAUCGCCUAUCUACCUUUAGUUCCAAAUCUAUCUGAUCGAAAUGCAGUGGAAAUAUGUCCUGAUAUGUUGUGUUUAACUCAGGUGUUGUGUAAACGAAUUAGUCAAACAGGUGGAGCUGCUCUCCUCAUCGAUUAUGGACAUGAAGGUGAGAAAGGCGACACAUUUCGUGGUUUUCAUGCUCAUACUGUUUGUGAUCCCCUGAUUGAUCCUGGAAAUAUAGAUCUUACCUGUGAUGUUGAUUUUAGCCUUUUAUGCCAUACAGUUAAAGAAUCCGGUGAAAGAGUGACUCUUCAUGGUCCAGUUACUCAGGCUUAUUUUCUCAUCAAUAUGGGUCUGUUCACUAGAUUACAGAUUUUAUUGUCUAAAUGUAAAUCAGAAAAAGAACAGAAUGAGCUAUUCUCUGCAUGUGAAAUGCUUAUCACUAAUGAACAAAUGGGUGGUCGAUUUAAAUUUGUAGCAAUUACACCAGAAUUCAAAGAGAUGGACAACUCCAAACUACCUGGAUUCACUCCACUACCUGGUACACCAUAUGCACAAGAGAAGACCGUAUAAUAAUGAAGAGAGGUUAUGCCUCAGUCACGUGUGUGUGUGUGUGUACAUAUAUAGAUGGAUGAAUAAUUAUUUUAAAAAAUCGAUAAAAUAAUCUUGGAUAUUUUCAAGGUUAUAUACACUGUACAUAUCGCAUUAUUCAAAUAUUCACACAUUGAAAUUUGUAAUAACUUUUAUGCAUUAAAACAAAAUUGAAUUCAUUUCAUUCAAGGGUUCAAUUGAAUAAUAAUUUGGUA